AUGUACAGCUUUACGAGACUAUGUGUCCAAAGGGUAGCUUGCGGAUUGAUAAGACAAGACAAGAGGUUAAAGGGCCACGCCAAGUGGCAAAAUAUCGCGCAUACCAAGGCGUUGAAAGAUGCUGAGAAAUCAUCGUUGACUUUAGCUUUUUCGAGGCGCAUCAAAGUUGCUGUUGCCGAGGGUAACAAUAAUACCAAACCAAAUGAAAACCCAAAACUAUCUAGCAUACUUGACGAAGCAAAGAAAAAGAAUAUACCAAUGGCGACACUCCAUGGUCUGUUAGAAAAGCUAGAAAAGAGCAAAACCAAGAGCCAAACUGAGUUCGUGGACUUUCGCGGGCCUGGAGGCGCUUAUUUCAUAGUAAAAAUUCUGUCCCACAAUGUAGUCGGCGCGAAAAUGACGCUGAACACCUUGUUCAGGAAAUCGAAGUGCAAGCCAAUGGAAGGAAAAUCUAAAGGAGCUUUGUUCGAACACGUGGGGUGCAUAAUUACCGAACACAAAGGCACUUUGGACUCUGCUACCGAAGACGCGAUCACCGUCGGAGCGGACGACUUUGUUUGCGAUCCGACUGUACUGCCUAAAGUAAAGAACCAACUAGAGGCUCGGGAAUACUCGGUACUGACGGCCGAUGAUGAAAUGGUGCCAAAAAAUACUAUUGAGUUAUCGGAGGACGAUUUGAAGCGAGUAGAUUUUUUGAUAGAAAAACUUGGAGCUAUAGACGAAAUUGUUUCUAUUGAUCAUAAUAUCCAAUUGCCUGAGGAAGAAGUAGUUGAAAAUAAAAAUUGA